GCCGUGGCAGACGCCCCACCUCACGGUCGUGCACGCGGGCCCCAGAGCGCCUCGCGAAAGCCUCCCUGCGCGAGGGGCGCCCGCCUUUCCGGGGUGUCGGGACAGAAGCAAAGGCCUAGGGGACCGGCUCCUGUGAUCCCCAGAGCCCAGCCCGCAGUGGCUCGGGUUAGGGGAUUCUUGGCGGGCCCGCGCAGGAGUGUUGGGCCUUAAGAUUGACUCUGUCGGGUCAGGCUGGGUGAAUGCUGAGGCUGGUCAGGCCCUGUGCCCUUGUCUAGAAAAAGAUCCUGUCAGCCGCCCUAGGGCCUCGUACCGGAAGGAGUGAAGGUCCCUGGUUUAGGUCUGUCACGUGGUAGCGCUUCCUGAGCGUUUGCUGAACCUGAAGGAGAAUUCUCAGGGCCUUUGGUUCAGUGUUCAUUGAAAGUGACAUCAGGCGUUUUUCAUACCGAGAAAUAGGAAAGAAAAACCAGCCGAUAUCUCACUGCUCAGAUAACCAGUGGUGUUUUAGGAAAUGCGAACGUGGUGCAAAGGAAACUCCUCUUCCUCUCCCCCAAAGCAAGUACUUUAAGAUGUUUGCUUCCCUUAAAUAUUUAUGCCUCUAUCAGAAUACUUUUUAACUUACCGACUUUGAAGUCACCUCUAAGUGAAUUUGCCGGCUCUCCUACGCAGUAGCCUCUGACCAUGGACAAGUAAACUUGUGUUCCUGCCACAUCUUAAAGUAAAGGGGAUUUCUCAGCCUCCAGCCAUGCGACUCUCUACCUUAAUGGCCUUGGCAUCCAAGGUCACUCUGCCCCCCAACUACCGCUAUGGGAUGAACCGCCCAGGAUCCUUGGCAGACAAGAAGAGGAAUCCUCCAGGGAUCAGGCGGCGCCGGGUGGCUGUGGAACCCAUCUCUGAUGAAGACUGGCACCUGUUCUGUGGGGACAGGGUAGAGAUCCUAGAAGGCAAGGAUGCCGGGAAGCAGGGCAAAGUGGUUCAAGUUAUCCGGCAGCGAAACUGGGUGGUCCUUGAGGGACUGAAUACACAUUACCGUUACAUUGGCAAAACUAAGGAUACACGGGGAACCAUGGUCCCGAGUGAAGCACCCUUGCUUCACCACCAGGUCAAACUCGUGGAUCCCAUGGACAGGAAACCCACGGAGGUAGAGUGGAGAUUCACUGAGGCAGGAGAGCGGGUACGUGUCUCCACAAGAUCAGGAAGAAUUAUCCCCAAACCUGACUUUCCUAGAGCUGAUGGUAUCAUCCCUGAAACAUGGAUUGAUGGCCCCAAAGAUACAUCAGUGGAAGAUGCUCUAGAAAGAACCUAUGUGCCCUCUCUAAAAACACUGGAGGAGGAGGUAAUGGAGGCAAUGGGGAUCAAGGAGACUCGGAGACACAAGAAAGUCUAUUGGUAUUGAUGAGUCUGGAGACAGCAGCUUCUCCGCUUGUCUUGCCUUGGCUGGGCCUCUGCUUCUUCAGACAUCAAUAAAG